GCAUAAUCGCAAUGUCAGACGUUCUACUAUAUUAUAUACGUGCCAUCGUGAACUGUUCAUGAAUUACAAAUUGUAUCGCAAUUUAUUUAUUACAAACUCUCACUGAGACAAAGACAAGGCAGCGGAGCGCACGCGAACUGACGCGAGCAGAAUGAAAGUUUGUCUACUCGGCUACUAUCAAAUAUGGCUUCGAGAGCGUGCUUACGUGUAGUCGCCAUGUUGUGUGCGAUUUGCGUGACAGUGGUGGAGCUGAGACCGCAAGCGAACGAGGGCCCGUGCGCUAAGGUGUGCUGGUGUAAGCCUGGAAUAAGCAUCAGCUGCAAAGACAGCAACCUCACCGAGCUGCCGGACUUUAGCGACGUGGAUAGUACGACUACGACGUUCGACCUCAGUUCGAACAGAAUCGCUCGCAUUCCAGCCGGAGCUUUUAAGAACUUCGCCGACAUGAAGACGUUGUCGUUACAGGACAACGCCAUCGCGGAAAUCGAGCCGAACACCUUCGCCGAUUCGCCCAAGCUCAGACUACUGUUGCUGAGUCGCAACCUGUUGACGGUUGUCCGUGUCGACAUGCUAGCCGGCCUCGACGGCUUGACCCAGCUGCAUCUCGACCACAACCGCGUUACCGACCUCGUGACGGGCGCUUUUGACGGACUAAGCUCGCUGAAAACUCUCGACAUCAGUAACAACGACAUCGGCGGCGAACUUCCUGCAGAAAUAUUCCGGAAUCUAGCGACACUGCAGUCGCUUUAUAUCAAUCACCUUCAGCUGGAGAAGCUCCCCGAGGACGUCUUCGUGGACAAUAGGAACCUGCGCUCCCUCUGGCUGGCCAACAACUCAUUUAGCAGCGUCGACGACUUCUUGCCAAACCUGAGAGCGCUGCCGCGGCUGCAGACGCUAGAUAUUAGUCAGAAUCCGAUAGCUGAGCUCCCGUCGCAACGCUUCGGCGACUUGUGGGCGUUGACGGACCUCUUCAUCAGAAAGAUGCCUCUGUUGAUAGCGAUAAAACCGCGGGCAUUUGUGAACUUGCCCUCGCUUCAGGCGUUAUACAUAGAGGACAAUCGAUACCUUCGCCGAUUUGAUGACAAUGCGUUCGACGGGAUAUUUAUCAACGGAAGUGACGCAGUCUCUGCUAAAGUUCAUUUCCGGGGUAACAAUCUGAACUACCUACAGGAGGAUUUGCUGCCGUGGGAGAAUUUAUCGCUGAUCGACCUUCAGCAGAAUCCAUGGCACUGCGACUGCCGUCUCGCCUGGAUGUCCAAAAUGUCAUAUAUUGACAAGAAACUCAUUGACUACGUAAGGUGUGCGUCACCGACGAAACUUCAGAAUCAUCUCAUCGUCGGCCUCAACUCGUCGCUAUUCGUCUGCGACGGACACAGCCGACCGACGUCUAGAUCGACGACGACGACAACGAUGACGAUAGUGAUGAUCCUCGCGGUCCUUCUGCUUACUACGGCCGUGGGCACGUAUGCGAUGAAACGCUUCAACGUGUUUAAGAAUUGUUGCAGGAAGCGCGAGGCGGCGCGAAGGUAUGUGUCUGUCAUCGACAGUGAGACAUCCGCUGACGAUAGCUACCUUAUUCAGGAAAUGGAAGAAAUCUGAAAUCGCCUGUGAUAUUAUUUGCCGCCAGGUGACGCUGUCGUUCGCUAGAUAUGUCUGUAAAUCCGUGGUUAUCUUGGCACAGAUUGCGCGGGUGAUUUUAGCAGCUUUAGAGAGACACAGAGAGCGAGUAAGUGAACACGCCUGUUUCACUCAAAAUUGCAGCCCUGUAGGCUAAGCGCGGUCGAUCGCGCAUGCGCAUGUUAUUGGCGAUUCUAAUUAAAUUUGUAAGCGAAAUUAACUAUACUGCAGGGUAACUAUAUAAAUUCAUCCACAAUUAUUAUAGAUAAUAUAUAAUUAUAUUUGGGAUCUUUAAUCAUCUUAAAGCACAUAAUAUGUUUACAGUGUUACGUGAAUUGUAUAGUUAAGUUGCAAGUAGCAAUGAUUAGGUAAAGGCGGAAUAACGAAUUAUAUAAUACUAUAAAAGUAAUGUAAAAAUCGGCUUUUUUGAUGUUCGCAUAAAAUAGUGAGACACAUGAUUAUUUGAUCAAUGAUAAAUAAAAUACAUGACGAUCAUACAAUGCCAGAAGAACGAAUGUUUAAGUUGUUUUUUUUAGUUAUAACGAAACAAGUGCGUUUAUACUAAAAAAAACAUCAAGUUAUCUAUUUCACGUGAAAUGUCUGUCAUGUUACUUAAGUAUAUCGGUCGAUUUCAGUUCAUGUUCAAUGAACAACAUGCUAUAAAUGAAUGUGAUUUUUUAGCGUUUGUUAUGUCUCAGCUUACGCGUAGGGGAAUCUACUGUACGCAUCGUUGUCAUGGUAACGUGUCAUGUGCGAUAUUCAGGCACUGAUUUUACCGUCUGCAUUUUCCGAGUGUCUAUUACGUAUAUGCGGUUUGGAUUGAUGUGGUCUCUUGCAGUAAAUAUAUACGAUGUUUUACCAGA